AGGACACACACAGGUAGGAUUUUAGGGCAACAGCCGCAAAGACUACUUGGGCGAUAUUUGGACUCCUGGAUCUGAGACGUCGUGCGGUAUUAUCUGAAUCCUGGUCCGCCCCCUCCACUUUGUGUAACUCGACAGCCGUCAGGUCUGUCGGUUGACGGGAGAUGGGAUAGAAGUGAGGCCCCUCUUGUUCCUGGGUCCUUUAUUGUCGUCUUCCGUAUAUAGGUAGCAGUUGGACCGCACGAACACAAUUGUUUCGUAGUUAACCUCGCGACAACAGCGUCUCCUAACUCACCUCUUCGCCAUGUCAAACCUGACUGACAUACUCGAAGGUCCAGCCCUAGACCCUCCACCUGGCGAGGUUUCCGAUUUUGCCAAUCCAGGGGGCAGUCACUCACUUGGUUAUGGCAUCGUCAUACUUACGGGCGUCUUAGCCUCUUUAACUGUCUUUAUACGUCUCGUUACUAGACAUUCUCUUAGAAAUAUUCAAAUCGAAGAUGCCUUUCUAAUUAUCGCUCUUGGUCUAUUCGCGGGACUGGAAUAUGUGAAUUAUGCUGGCUCCAUAUCCCCCGGCGUUAAAGUCCAUCAAUGGAAUGUCCAGUUUAAAUACCUCGAACGUUGGCAAUAUCUUCUUCAUCUCGCUUCCAUAUUUUACGGCCUCACCGUCAUGUUCCUCAAACUCGCCAUCCUCGUUGAUUGGCUGCACAUCUUCGUACCCUUGGGCCAAAGAAAUGCUAUAUUCUGGACUAUCCACACCUUGAUCUGGUGCAAUAUCAUCUACUACGUUUCGGGGACAUUUAUCGAGAUUUUCCGCUGCACGCCACGACAGAAGUUCUGGGACCCGUUGUUUGAGGACGGUUCAUGCCCCGUGAACAUCGAAGCUAAUAAUUUCUCAUCAGGAAUCCUUAACCUCAUCUCCAACCUAGCUAUUCUCGCCGUUCCGCAGUGGGUUAUCUGGAAUCUGCAAAUGACAACCGCCAAAAGGGCAGGCAUUUCGUUCCUUUUUCUCAUCGGCAUUUUCGCCAUAGCCUGCGGAGUAGCUCGUAUAAUAUAUCUGUCAAAGGUUCUAGAUGCCAAUGAUGCAACAUACUACUUGAGUCUAGUCGGACUCUGGGGGCUAGGCGAGGUGGCUGCCGGUUUCAUGAUCAUGGGUAUUCCAGCUCUACCUAGAGCCACAAAAAUGAUCCCCUUUUCUGAAUCGGUCGCCUUGCUGCUCCGGCCGUGGACAAAAAGAGAGGUGUCUAGUAUCCAUGAACGGUCCAACCUGCCACACUGGCGAAGGCCCUUUUCUCGAAAACGCCGGGGCCUAUGGGACAUUACCGAUCUUGAGUCUCGCGAUCUCAUUACUAUGAAUAGCAUGAAUCCGGGAGAUAGCUCUUCAGCAAACAACGUCACAAAUGAGGUGCUUAUGGUUUUAGGGACGGACAAGGACCUAGUCGUGACAAGCCCGCAUCGGGUACCAGGUGAAUGCUAGGAUGGUGUAGGAUGACUUGACAACCGGUGAUGUAGUUACCUCCUUAAAGCAUGUUUAGGUACCUACCUAUGCUUGAUACGUAUCUACGCAGGUACUUAUCUACGAUAACGCUCUUUUGUUAUGUAUCAUAAAAUGAGAUUCUCUAA